CGCCGCGUCCCGGCCGCCGACCAUGAGCGCCGGCCGCGCCGAGGGCGGGCUGCUGGCCCUGCCCUGGGAGGACGUCCUGGUGCCGCACGUCCUCCGCCACCUGCCGCUGCGGCAGCUGCUGAGCCUGCGGAGGGUGAGCAGGGCCUUCCGCGAGCUGGUCCGCCUCUACCUGGCCAACAUGCGCCGCUUCGACUCCGCGCAGAUCGGACCUGCCGUCCCCAGAGCCGCUUUCCUUACCUUGCUGAAGGACAACAAGGUGCUGCAGCAGCUGGCGCUCCAGAGCUGCUCCGACUGGCUGACGGACAGGGAGCUGCUGCCGGUCAUCGGGCAGAACCACCACCUGCACCACAUCCAGCUGAAGGGCUGCGCCCAGCUCAGCUGCCACGCGCUGAUGGCCAUCUCGCUGAGCUGCCCCAACCUGCGGCGGCUCUCCCUGGCUCACUGCGAGUGGGUGGACAGCCUGUCCCUGCGCAGCCUGGCCGACCACUGCAAGGCGCUGGAGGCUGUGGACCUGACGGCCUGCCGGCAGCUGAAGGACGAGGCCAUCUGCUACCUGGUGCAGAAGUGCAGCAGGCUCAAGUCUCUGUCGCUGGCUGUCAAUGCCAACGUGGGGGACGUGGCUGUGGAGGAGACUGCCAAGUGCUGCCCCGAGCUGGAGCACCUGGACCUCACCGGGUGUCUGCGAGUCAAGAAUGACUCCAUCAGGGUCCUGGCUGAGUACUGCCCUAAGCUGCGCUCGCUGAAGGUGAAGCACUGCCACAACGUGGCUGAGUCCAGCCUGAGCAUCCUCCGAAGCCGUGGAGUAGAGCUGGAUGUGGAGCCUCUGCCGCAGACAGCUCUCGUUCUCCUGCAGGACAUGGCUGGCUUUGCCCCUUUCAUUAACCUCCAGAUCUAGGACUGCUGGGGAGGGGGGACCAACACAUCACUGGGAUCCCCAGAGGAUGCCGGAGCCGGGUGCUGCUGAGACGUGCAGAGGGAGAGGUUGGUCCUGCUGGUGAGGCUGGCCGUAGAGGGGCUCACUCUUUUCUCUGGGGCUGUUUAACAGCCACUGCGUG